AUGGAACCAAAAGUUGAAGCAACUGAACUGCAAUAUAGAUCCGGAAUUUACGGGCCCAAACCCGGAGAUAUCAGGUUCGGAUUCGAUGAUAUCCCCGGACUAAUCCCCGCACCGCCACCGCCGGAGACCGCCAGCUCCUUCACUGCGCUUCUCGAACUUCCAGUACCACAGGCAGUUGAGCUCUUGGUCAACUCUCCGGAAUCCGCCGACGAAGAAUUUCCGACAAAACCCAACAUUUCUCAUUUUCCUCUGCCGCAUAUAUUUCCUUCGAAUAUUGCCCUCAUUGAUCAUGCUUCGAAAUUUUCUGCCUUAGCAAUGGCUGAUAAUUCGCCAGAAAAUUACUCAAUGCUGUCCGCUUCGAUCUCGAAGGAGCUUGAUGUUGUCAAGCAAGAGCAUAUAGACUCGGAUUCGAACCCGAAUUGUUAUUCUCCGGUGGUUUCUGACCAGAAUCUGAAGUUCAGUAAGCGAAAGGAAAGGGAGAAAAAGGUUAAAGAAUCGAAUAAGAAGAGCAAAAGAGUGGCACCAAAUGAAGCCUCUGAAGACGGCGGAGAGAAGCUGCCAUAUGUUCACGUCAGAACUCGCCGUGGCCUAGCCACCGAUAGCCAUAGCCUAGCUGAAAGAGCCAGAAGAGAGAAGAUCAAUGCCCGAAUGAAACUAUUACAGGAGCUGGUCCCAGGAUGUAACAAGAUUUCAGGUACUGCAAUGGUUCUGGAUGAGAUAAUAAAUCAUGUACAAACCCUUCAAUCUCAAGUGGAGUUCUUAUCUAUGAGACUUGCCACUGUUACCCCAACUUUUGAACCACGACACUCUCUUGGCUGCAGAAUGGGAUGGGGAUUCGAAAGAGGGCUUUUAAAUUGCUUGACAAUCAGCUAA